AUGCUACUAACGACAGUCGUGCCAAUAAUACCUGAGUACCUAUUACGGAUAUCUCAUCCUAAUAGCACAGAUCUACUACUCUACAAUAAACCAAGCAACGAGCGCAUGAUUGGAAAGAGACAGAUUGUCUGGGAUGACGAUGCUUGGGACGUGCCGUUGUCGGAGAGCUCUGGAGCAAAUAUCCCAUGGAAUGGAAAUCCACUUGAUACUCGAAAAAAUACAGAAGAGGUCCGCAAAAUAGAGAAAUCAAAGCCAAAUGGCUUAAAGGGGAAGGUUACGGAAAAUACUGAACGACCAUGCACGCGAUCUACAGUUGUGCCCCAAGUUGCUUCAUCAGAUAGUCAAAAAGAAAGACAUGAUAUUCUGGCCACAGAAAACGUUCUAGUGGGGUUGAUGUUCGGAUCAAAAGCCCUCGUUCAACUCGUUGCGAACCCAUGGAUAGGACCCCUGACAAAUAAGAUUGGCUACACACUUCCAAUGUUUGCGGGAUUCGUAAUAAUGUUCUUGUCGACCAUAAUGUUUGCAUUUGGAUCUUCAUAUGGUACACUGUGGUUUGCUAGGGCAAUGCAAGGUAUUGGAUCUGCGUGUACCAGCACUUCUGGAAUGGGAAUGUUAGCUCAAGCUUAUACAGAUGAUAUGGAAAGAGGUAGUGCAAUGGGAAUCGCGUUAGGAGGAUUAGCACUAGGAGUCCUCGUUGGACCACCUUACGGCGGCGUUCUAUAUGAAUGGGGAGGAAAAGAGCUGCCUUUCAUUCUGCUUGCUCUCCUGGCUCUCUUCGAUGGAUCGUUGCAGUUCAUUGUACUUCAACCAAAAAUAGAUCGUGGUGAACCGGAGGGAUCAACAAUUAGACAACUGACUAAAGAUCCCUAUAUAAUUGUUGCGGCAGGAGCGAUUACGAUUGGUAAUCUCGGAAUAGCAAUGCUAGAACCGUCCCUGCCAUUAUGGAUGAUGGAAACAUGGGAGGCUGGAUCUCUGGAAAGGGGCGCUGCAUUCCUUCCGGCCUCAAUUUCCUAUUUAGUUGGAACUAAUGUAUUCGGGCCACUUGCUCACAAAAUAGGACGGUGGCUUUCCGCUCUAAUCGGUCUUCUCGUCAUAGGAUUCUGUCUUUUGUCAAUACCUUCAGCAUCAUCAAUCAGUGGGCUAGUCUUUCCCCUUUUAUUCAUGGGAUUCAGUAUCGGAAUGAUUGAUGCGUCAAUGUUCCCCCUGAUGGGAAGUUUGGUGGAUUUGCGACAUGUUGGAGUCUACGGCUCGAUCUAUGCCAUUGCCGACGCCGCCUUCUGCUUUGCUUUUGCACUCGGCCCAUUCUUUUCGGGACCGCUGGUUAAGUCGGUUGGAUUUUCAACAAUGAUGUAUCUGAUUGCUAUCAUCAAUUUCGCGUACGCGCCACUAAUGUUCCUUCUUCGUAACCCUCCACCCAUAAAUCGGGAUAACAUUUCGCAUACGGUGCAGUACGGUACAGACAAUAUUUCGAAAAAUGAAACGUACGAAGUCCAUCAUAUGGAUAAAUAUCAUUGA